AUGUCAGUUCCACCAUUGAACGAUGGGCGUUGGACCCUCGUCCGAUCACAAUACUUCGAUGGGUCUUCGAGGUCCUUUGUGGACACCACGAUGCGGAGAGGCGCCCAGCUGUCCGACCCCGCAGCGGUGUACGCCCGCAUGCCGCUCUCGCCCUUCUGCGGCACCUCCGCAACCAUGGCGACAGGAAGAUUGCCGCUUGCCCUCACCAUUUUAUCAAACCGACAGCGAUGA